AUGGCGCUGGCGCUGGCACUGGCACUGGCUGGCAGCGGCUGGAGGGGCCUGGGGCGCCGCGCGUGGCGGCUGCCGCCGGGCCGGGCCCCGCUGCCCGCCGCCGGCUUGCAGGAGGCGAAGCGGCGGGCGCGGGGCGUCUCCUCCGCCGCCGCCGCCGCCGCCGCCGGGAGCCCCGGGCGAGGCUGGGGCCGGUCGCCCUCGCGGCUGCUCGUGGGCGCCGCCUUUGCCCUGGGAGCCACGCUGGGCGCGGGCCGGACGCUGCAGCGCCGCUUCCGAGCGCAGGAGCAGCUGGCGGGGCCGGAGCUGGCCGGGGUCCCGCAAAGCGACAUCCAGCUGAUUCUCUACCAGUACAAAACCUGCCCGUUCUGCAGCAAAGUCCGCGCCUUCCUGGAUUAUCACGGCCUGCCGUACGACAUUGUGGAGGUGAAUCCGGUUAUGAGAAAGGAGAUCAAGUUUUCCACCUACCGGAAAGUGCCCAUCCUCCUCGUGGAUGCGGGGAACGCUCUGCAACUGAACGACUCUUCGGUCAUCAUUAGCGCAAUUAAAAGCUAUCUUGUUUCCAGGAAGAGCUUGGAAGAAAUUGUGUCCUACUACCCUGCCAUGAAAGCCGUAAACAAGGAAGGCAAGGAGGUGGUGGAGUUUGGGAACAAGUACUGGCUGAUGCUGGACGACAAGGAGGCCUUCCGUGUUUAUCCUGCCGAGGAAGCGAGAAAGGAGGAAAUGAAGUGGAGGAAGUGGGCAGACGACUGGCUGGUCCACCUGAUCUCCCCCAACGUUUACCGCACGCCGGGGGAGGCCCUGGCAUCGUUUGACUACAUCGUGCGCGAAGGGAAGUUUGGCCUGGUGGAAGGGUUUUUCGCCAAGUACGUGGGUGCCGCCGCCAUGUUCUUCGUAAGCAAGCGGCUAAAGAAGAGGCACCACAUGCAGGAUGACGUCCGAGAGGACUUGUACCAGGCUGUCAACGACUGGGUGAAAGCUGUCGGCAAGCACAGGAUGUUCAUGGGGGGAGACCAACCCAACCUUGCAGAUUUGGCGGUCUAUGGGGUCCUGCGCGUCAUGGAAGGCUUGGAGGCUUUCGAGGACGUGAUGGUGCACACCGGGAUCCAGCCGUGGUACCGCCGCAUGGAGGCCGCCAUCGGCCAGGGGGAAGCGGCCAGCUGGACACAGUGCUGAGCCUUGGGGGAUCGCGCUUUUGUCCUGCCUGGGAGAAGCUGAUUUGGGGUGGUUUGAUUUAAAGCGGCGUGGCACUGUGUAGAUGGGGAGGGCGCCAAAGAAACGCCCGGUUAGGACUAGCCACAGCCCCGGGGAGAUCCUGGAGCAGCAGAACAGAGGUGUGGGCAGUUGCUCCCGCAGUGGGAUCUGUUUUGGCUUUAGGAAGGGGGCGGGAACCAGCAAACCCAACAGGAUGCAGUUUUGGGUUUUGAGUUAAAGCAGCUCUAGACAUCUCCCUAAUUAUUUUGAAAAGCCAGAAAUUCAGCCCUGGAUGCAAGGGCUCCCCUGCGCCAGACAGAAGACUCCUGGACCUGUCAUUUUGCCCCCUCACUGCAAGCCAGCUGAAUUUACUUUGGCCUGGGUGUGAUUUUUGGGACUUCUGGUACCAGCUUAUGAAAAGAAAUGCUUGUUUUCCAUUUUUGUUAAUGGUUAUAUUCUGGGGAGCACGGCCUUGCGUGCAGGCAGAAUUUCUCUUCAAAACACGGUUCUUUUUUUGCCUCUAAAGCAUGUGUGCUGUUUAUAGGUGACAAUUGUAGACACACAUUAUGCUUUACAAGGAUGCCAGUUUUGAGGUGUGCAAUAGUUGUUUCUGUUUGGAGGUGAUUUCUGAUUAGAAAGGCACCCUAAAUUUCUGGAGGACUUUUUUCAAAUUGGGAAUUGAAGUAUUGGGAGAAUCUAAGAUCCUGCCCAGUGAGACCUUAGUGUUUUAUGACAAAACUAGUUUUUUUUUGUGCGUGUUCAAAGCCACAGCAAGACCCCUUAGGCUAAGCUUAAAAAGUAGGGCCCUUGGUGCCAAUGCCAGAAUAGCUCAGGUGUGGUUCCUGCACAUUUUUAGUAUGCAAAUAGUUUACUGUGGCUAUGGCACAUCAGGGGAGCUAUCCAGGAAUGAAAUGAUCUCCUGCACUGACAGCUCUAUAUUUCAGAGCCACUUGAUAGACUGCAGGCAUCUUUAAUAAUUGCCAACUAAAAUUGACUAAGAUUCCCAUGAAAUUAAAUGCCGUACAUUGGUCAGAAGGAUUUGCAUCUGCCCUUUACCUUCCAAGCUGACCCUUCUGGCAGCUUGAGAGAAACCGUGCGCUUUGUGCCCCUGCCCCUUUGCUUGACGCCCCUGCCUAGAGCAUGUUGUUUGGGCGGUAAAUUCAGAUAAAAAUGACUGGUUGCUUUCUGUACAGAAUGCAAAUGUGAACCUUUGAUUUCCCAAACUGGCCUUUUAAUCUGCCAGCCUCACUCCUGGCAGAAGCCAGUGACUUUAAAAGGCAGAUUUCCUAAGGCAAAAAGGAAA